UAACUGUAACUGGACAACUAAAACGUAACGAUGCCUUCAUCAGAAGCAAACGUCAACUUGUUAAGUACGGUUACACAGGUACAAGCAUUGGCAAACAAAAUUGGAAAUGGCAGAGAGGCACUGACCGACGAUGCCACAUUCACAUCUCUUACCGACAAGUUACUGCAACUGACAGAGUGUCUGCCUUCAUUAGACAUGACCGUGCUUGAACACAGAGCGGUGGAGCCUAUGGUGCAAUCUUCGGCUGUGACGUUGUGGAAUAAAGCUGUGACCAGCCAAAGCAAGGGAGUGUUGUCACCACGUCAGCGUGCAAUGUUACGGCACAUAUCCUGUCAACUGAUCUUUGUAGCAACUGGAAGAAUUUCCAAGCCCGAAGUAUACAAAAAACAAGCAAUGGUGGCACUAAAGUCUGGACGUGCUUGGAUGGCGUUUGCACAAGAGAAAUGGGAAGAGGCAUCAAAAUACUCAAAUGCAGCAAAGGACAUGCUCUUGCGACUCCCCAAAGAGGCUGCUUAUCUGUCGAUGUUAUAUUACAACUUUGGAGUGGAAUGCUAUGGCAGAAAUCUGUUUGAGAGAGCUGUGACAUGGCUGAGAGAGAGUUAUGAGCUAGGCAAAGACCACAAUGCCGUCUCACCUAGAGAUCAGGCGAGGACAAUGAGAUUGCUCGCAAGUUCCUACCUUGAGUGGGAUAGCCAGAAAUACACAGAGCUGGCAUCGAAUGCGAUUUCGCUUGCAAAUCAUGAAUACUCUCAUGCAUCUGGACUCUAUCUGAAGCUGAAGAUCUUGCUGUGUGCGUGCGGCCUCGCUGCAGACGAGCAGCAUCUGCAGACUGCGCUGCUAGAGUGUCUUCAUCACGCUGAUCUCUCCCUGGACCUCGGCCUGGGAGCUGUGGAGCUGUGCGCCAAACACAAGAGGUACAGCUUGGCGGUGUUGGGUAGCAAAGAGAUGCAGGAGAGGUUCAGCGAUGCGCUGGGAAUACAGAGAAUUCGAACCUUCUCAGUGGAGCUGCUGAUACAGUCGGGACAGACGGAAGACGCAGAGACUAUGCUGAAGCAAUGCAUUACAGGUGACCAAGGAGCAUGUACCGCAUUAGAUGACAGCACACGCAAAUGUUUCAACGUUAUCAUAUGGGAUCAGGCAGCCAAGCUCUUUGAGGCCCAGCAGUUUGCUGAUGCGAGUCGUUGGUAUAAUUACUCUCUGGAGCUGAUCAGAACAGAUGGGCAGACAGAGAAGAACAAACCUUUAAUAGUCGCAAAGCUGCAACGCAAUUUGUGUUCCUGCUAUAUUUCUCUAAAGGAUCUUAACAAAGCGAAAUCGGCAGUAGAUCUUGCACAUGAGGGAGAUCCACAGUGUGCAUACACUUGCUACCUGCAGUUUAAACUUGCUCUUCUCCAGGAAAAUACUGCCCAAGGUGAACUCAUUACCAACAGCAAGGACAUUGCGGUGAUGGCAUUAGAGGACCUGGUUCGGCUUUCUUCUAACACCCAGCAGGUGCUCAUCGCCCUGCGCUGUCUGGUGAGGCUCAGGCUGGCAGCCGAGGAUGAUGCAGGAACUCAGACUGGCAAAAUAUAUUCAUAUGUCAAGGAAGCCUAUGAUCGUCUAUCCACACCAGGUGGCGCCGGCAUGCAGAACGAGAUCACAUGGUUCAUUAAAGUCAGCUGGAACAUGGGUCUACAGAGUGACAAGGAUUGUAAAAGCUUGAUGCAGUUUUUUAGCUGCUGUUGCCAGCUCUGUGCCUUGUGCCCACGGGAUACAAAAGCCCUGCUUCGUCAGAAGUCCUGUAUGCUUCUAUGUGCAGCUGCUAGCCUUCAGAUCAGUGACGAAACCUGUGAUCGAGACGUAAAGAAGAAACAGUUAGAAGAAACACUUCAGCUAGUUCAGAAGUGCCAUCAGAUCUGUAAAGAAAUUAAGACAGCAGAUGUUGGCAAGGAUAACACGGCAGUGUUACUACUACUCUACGAGUUUGAAGCCCAGGCUCAGCUGAGGGAAGAUGCGGCUGCCAUGACAACGCUACUGGACAGAGCUCUCUCUCAUCCGCAAGCUGACGGAAAACUGUUUGAUACGAUCGCAGGUGUGGCUGUCAAGUAUGGUCGCAGUGUCGGACACAGAGAGGUUGCCACGAGGGCGUUGAAAGCAGCCGUACGCAAGUACCUGGGCACGCCCUCGCCGGACGUGCCGAGGAUCAGGUGAGAACUAGCCAGGUAGCCUCAUUUACUAAUUAACCUGAGGUGCUUAGAUAUGUAACGCUGCUAUGAACGUUUAGUGGAGGUUAAUAAUAUGAUUUUGGCAAACGUUUUUUUAAUAACUUAAAUGUAACCUUUUUUAUGAACG